UGUAUGUUCCAUAGAUAAUAAUAUCUAUUUCCUCUUUCACACACACGCACGCGCCACCAUGAAGCACAUAGAUCUGUUUUGUUCCUCCCCUGCCUCCACAGCCAUAUGUUCGAGCAUGGACCCGCGAGCCAUCGUUCGCCCCGCCGGUCCACGCUCUAUAGGCGCCGGAGUAGUAGGCCACUCCAAAAGGAGACCCUGCUCGUCGAAUCAGCUUCCCAUUGAUCCCAAAACGUCCAAUUAUCUCAACAAAAGCAGCACAAGGAAAAGCUCAGCUUCCCGUGAACAUGAUGAUCAUACAAUCACUCCCACUGGAUCCUCCAGGUACCUUCUCAACGAAAGCAACAGACACAGGUUCUUUGAUCUGCUGAACCUUCAUGAUUCCACCGAUCUCCACAUCAAAACUAUCCAAAAACCAAAACCAAAACCAAAACCGGACUCUCCUUGUGCCAUUCGUCGCACUCAGGUUGUGGAACUAAUGGUAUCAAUACAUUGCAAGGGCUGCGAGGGGAAGGUCAGGAGACAUAUCUCCAAGAUGGAAGGAGUUACAUCGUUUAACAUAGAUUUGGACUUGAAGAAAGUGACUAUAGUGGGAGAGGUGACGCCAUUGCAAGUGCUCACAAGCAUUUCUCGAGUGAAAACUGCCCAAUUUUGGCCUUCUUCUUCUUCAGUGUGCUAGAAAACAAUCACUUUGCAGCUGUCACUUGUAUACAGUAUUUAUUUUUGUCCUAUUGUUGCUUUAUUAUGUAUUGUCGGAUUUAAUUUUGGA